AGCUUCUUCUUUUUUCUUCUUCUGUUUUUUUUUUCUUCCUCUCCAUUCAUUUUCUCUCUAUUCUUCUCUCUUUCUCCUCCUUAUAUUGCGCUUACUGGUGUAUAAGCUUAUACAAGACGUAACAAAAAAAACUAAAUAAAUUUAUAAAUCCAAUAAAAUAAAAUUAUUUUUAUUAAAAUAGAGAAGAAAAAAUGACAGGAGGAACAACAACAACGAAUAAUAACCUCCUCCUCCUCCUUUAUCUCUCUGUCUUAAUCACCACCCUCUUCGCCGUCGUGUCUAACGCCGCGUUUAACCUCUCCACCAUCACCUUCGACGACGGCUACACCCCUCUUUUCGCCGAUUUCAACAUCAAAAAGUCCGAUGACGGCCGCGCCGCCAACCUCCACCUUAACAAAUACGCCGGGUCAGGAUUCAUUUCAUCACAAUACUACGAUUAUGGAUUCUUCAGCUCAAAGAUUAAGUUGCCCGGCGAUUACACGGCCGGAGUUGUGGUUGCCUUUUAUACAUCUAAUGGUGAUGUGUGGGAGAAGACACACGACGAAUUGGACAUAGAAUUCUUGGGAAACUUGAAGGGAAAGCCAUGGAGAUUUCAAACAAACAUGUACGGAAAUGGAAGUACAAGUAGAGGAAGGGAAGAAAGAUAUCGACUAUGGUUUGAUCCUACUAAGGAUUUUCAUCAAUAUAGCAUUCUUUGGACUCGCAAAAAUAUCAUAUUUUACGUAGACAACGUCCCAAUAAGAGAAAUAGUCCGCAAUGAAGCAAUGGGCUCGGACUACCCAUCCAAGCCCAUGUCCCUCUACGCCACCAUAUGGGACGCCUCGAGUUGGGCCACCGCCGGUGGCAAAUACAAGGUCAAGUACGAGUUCGAACCCUUCGUGUCCGAGUUCACCGACUUCGUCCUCGACGGGUGUCCGGUGGACCCCAUCGAGCAAGUCGCCGGAACCACCAGCGCCUCCGACUGCACCGCCAAGAAAGACGAGAUCGAAAACAAAGAUUAUUCCCAAAUUACCCCUGGAGGACAAAAGGCCAUGAAGUGGUUUAGGGAGAAGUACAUGUACUACUCAUAUUGUUACGACACGGUCCGGUACCCGGUCCCACCACCGGAGUGCGUGAUCGUGGCGUCGGAGCAGGAGAAGUUUAAGGAAACGGGCCGGCUUAAGUUCGGGUCGAUUCCUAAGAGGCAGAGGAGGAGGAAGGGUCGUGGGAGGAGGCAAAGUAAUAAUGUUGUGGUGAAGGAAUUACAAGCAAAUAUGUGAGUUUAAUUAUGAGGUGAGAUUGGUUAAUUUAUUGAUGUAAAUUAAGAAAUUAGGUGAUGAUGAGGGUGAUUAUUGUGAGUGAAUAUAUACAUAUAUAUAUGUGAUUAAUUCUUUUGGGGUUACUAAAAAAUGAUAAAGAGGUAUUAUUAUGUGGAAGUAUAGUAUAAUUUACACAUAUAUAAACAUGAUUCUUUCUAUUCUUUA